AUGAUGACCGUCAAACAAGACGUGGACAUCAAGAAAACAAACGAGACCGUUUGGGACUUUGCUAGAUCCUUUCAAGCGAUGAUAGAAGAAUAUGGAGAGCACUUUGGGAAAAACUGCAUCAGCUGCUUAUAUUCGAUUUACGCGCACAUCACAUUAGCAAACUUAAUUCAGAUCGUGACGACGAAGAUGAGCGUUCGUGAGGCCGAAUUCAACGAGCGCACGGAGUGCCUGAAGCGGUCUUUGGAGCGGCUGAGGAAGGUGCGGGGCCACGUGCGAGACCUCAUUGCGGGCAAUGAGGAACUGAGACGCGCGUUCGACAAUGCACCGAGGAGUCAGGAAUACGACGGCCAAACAUUUCCCGAACAAGAUCAGGAAUUCAUAUUGGAAUUGAUGAAGGAAUUCAAGUAUGAACGUACUGCGCUAUCAGAGGUCCAGGGCGAUAAUUUGGAUUGCGGGGAGUUCGCUUCGCCCGCAUCCACCAGCCCCGAGACCAGCGUCUACACGUCUGUGAGCGAUUGCCAGCAGGAUUGCCACGUGAAGAUAGUGAAAGUGACUAACGUCUACAAGGUCUCCUAUCUCAGGAACUUUAUUAAACAGAAGAGACUAAGAAGAGCUUCGAAGCAGGCCCUUUUGAAAAAGAAGAUGGAAGACACGAAGAAGCUUAUCGAGAACUGGCAAAGGACACUCAACAUGGUGAUCAACAGCAAACUAGCUAUGCUCGAAGUGGACCCCAAUCGCAUAGAGAUUGCGUCGCAGAAGGCCAUGGGCGACUACAAACCGCAUCGUGAGUCGUCGGAUUCCGACAGCGAGCUCAGUUGGAAUCAUAACUCUUUCCUCAACUACGCAUAUUACGAGGAGGCCCCUGGGGCGGCGAUGUCCGGGGAGUAUUACGCGCCGAGGGACUACACGGACACCAAGUACCAGCCCGACCUGGGAGAGCAGGAGGGGCCCAAGUUGCCGAGCAAACUGUUCGUCAUCACCGAGGCGACCAGCAGCCAACUAGCUAUCGAGGAGGCAAAGAGCGACGCUGGCGACGACUGGGACACCCACGAUAUGCUGGCCAUG